AUGCUUUCUGUUCUGCCAAAUCUUUCCACCGACAUCAAAUUUUCAUGUUGUUUUUCAGCUCAGCAAAAGAAUAACGCUGCUUUGACUGAACCGAACACGGAGUCUCCUUCUCAAUUCACUGAAUACUGGAACAAUUUUACCGGCACACUCCUUGUGGAGGGGAAUUUCUCAAAUUCUUAUACGGAACCCGGUCGACUCAAGGAUCACCAUUCCGUGAACGGAAGCACAGUGAAAGCAUCUUCAUUCGGACUGGUCUUUGGCAUUGGAGUUUUCAUACUAUUGCUGGUGGGGCUUCUUGGAGUUUUGAUUUUGAAAUGCAAAUCAAAACUCCCUGCCAACCUUCGGUGGUAUUUAUGUCUGAACCGUUCAAACGUUCCUGAAACCUCCAUCAGAGCUGACGCAAAUAGGAAACAACGUCGCGAUUUCUGGUCAAAACAUCUUCACAUUAUUCCGGAGGAAGCUGUGCAAGUUUUCAAGAAAGUUGGAGAAAUAACUUCUACUCUACCAAAGGUUCUCGGGCAAUACGAAGAUGAGGAUCUAUCCAACCGCCCUCUGAAGGAUCUUUAUCAACACAAUACAUUACUGGCGCCUUCUCAAGUAUUCGCAAUGCUUGUUGACAUAUCGAUCGGAUUGGAGUAUCUUCAUGACCAUGGAUACGCGUAUGGUGUGAGUUCUCCAAGCAUGCUUAUGCGCUUCCGUAACAGCUAUACAUAA